GCGCGAACGGCGGCUCUUCUGCUCGCGUCGCUGCCGCGGGAAGCUGCAGCACGUGCGCGCGGGCGGUGGCAGCGCGGCUGGAACUCGGUGAUUUGUCAUAAUGGAUGAAGACACAGGAUAUAAUAAAGUUGAAGAUGUGGUUGGUUGUCAUGUUGAAGAUGCUGUGACAUUUUGGGCACAGAACAUCAGUAGAAAUAAUGACAUCUUGAAAUUGAGUCAUACAUUGGCUGAAGUUUGUCCUCAGGCCAGCUCAGUUUUUGGCAAUCCUGAUUUUACUAAGAUCUACGGUGGAUGUUUCUCUGAAGAUAAAUGUUGGUAUAGAUGCAAAGUACAGCAAGUGAUCAGUGAUGAAAAGUGUCAGGUAUUAUACAUUGAUUAUGGAAAUUCUGAGAUUCUAAACCGAUCAGAAAUAGUUGAAAUUCCAAAGAACUUGCAGUUUCCCAGCAUUGCGAAUAAGUAUAGACUCUGGGGAUUACAGAUUCCUCCUGAUCAGGAUUUAAAUCAAUUUGACCAGGGGAGAAAGUUCUUGUGCAGUUUAAUUUUUGAAAAAGACAUUAAAAUGCGACACAGAGCCACGUAUCAGGAUGGUACCAUUGUUGCCCAAGCAGAGUAUGGAAAAGUGGAUAUUGGGGAAGAAGUGUCUAAGAAGGGGUUUGCUGAAAAAUGCAAAUCUCCUAUAAAUGCUAAUAACUGCAAAGAGAAAAAAAUAGAUGUUGCUCAAUGCCAACCCUGGAAUGCAAAAAUUUCAGCUCCAGUGUGGGAGAACAGACCCAACCCUUCAGGAUCCAACCGAUUAAAAGGGCAUUUUGGUGACCAUAUCGGAACCAUCAUGAGGAAUCAUAACCAUCCUGGGAAUCAUAGGCCUUUUGCAAAGGAAAAAGUAAUGGCUUGUGAUUUUAAUACGGGAUCAAACAUCAGUUUAGCAAAAAUAAAAGAGCAUCAGAAACUGAUUGACGAGAAUGAAAAGCUCAUAAAAGAGAGAGACAUUCUGAAGGGGGAGAAUGAAGUUCUCCUCCAGAAAUAUAAAGAACAAGAAUCAACAAUUGAGCAGCUGAACCAACUAGUGCAGAAAGAAAAGGAAGCAUCUAUGGAAACCCUUAAACAUUUGGAAAAAACACUACAUACACAUGUAGGAACUAAAAUGAGAAGUUUGGCUGCCCAGGUUGAGGUACUGAAAGAAGUUAGGCUUGCAAAUCUGAAUGUUUGUUUUGGAGAUGACCUCUUCAGAGCUGUAAAUGAAGUUACUGAAAGGUGUCUCAUUGCUCCAUCUUUUUUGGAAAAUUUGGAGAAGACUUGGGCAGAAUAUAACUUGGCUCAAGAGAUGAUUCAGUUGUGCAAAAAUGUGAAUGAAAGUGAUGUCUUGAUUCUCAAGAGAAAUGAAGUGCAACAUAAUUUAUACUCUGCAGUUGAAGAGUUCAUUGUGGAAGUGGAUAAGAUACCUCUCUCUGAGCGUGUAACUACUUUGCAGGAGCUGUCUGGUUCUCUGGAGGCAGUAUAUGGUCCAGCUAGUGAAGCAGAUGAGACUGAGGAGGUGUUUCUGCAGUUUUUUGCAUGGAAGCAAACCAAGCUAGAGGAAUUCAGUCGUGUCAGAAGUGGAACAAAUGCUUCUGUUCAGAGUCUUUCAACAUGGUUCAGUGGCAUAAUAAAGUUUUUUGACCUGACAUCAGAAGUAUCUUUGAAGUCAGAAGAGGUGGUUGGCAACGUAGAUGAAGUCCUUGAGAAGGUUGAGUCAGAUAUCUGCAAAGAGCUGGAGAUUUCUCUAGUUGAGCAAGACGAGGCAGAUAAGGAAAUAAUCUUAAAUGCUUACAGUAAAGUUAUAGAGAAGAUUCGUCAGGAGCAACAUCUAAUCGCUGUACUCCAGAGCAAGUAUUUGGACAGCAUUGAGUUUAAAAAGCAGAUUGCGGAAUGGUUGAAUAAAAGUCCCAACAUUGACAAUUUGUUAUCAAUUAAGAAGACUUUGAAAAAUUUAAAGAGACGACUGAGAUGGAAGUUGGUUGAAAAGAACAACUUGGAAGAAUCUGAUGAUUACAAUGAGCAUGAAAUAACAAAAAUAAGAGAAGAAAUCACUGGACUGAGAAAUAAUCUCAUUCAGGAAAUAUACAAGGAACAAGAAGAAUAUGAGAGGCUUACUUGGCUGGUGCAGAAAUGGUUCCCUGAACUGCCACUCCUUCACCCGGAAGCAGGAAUUCUGGAGUAUAUGAACUCUGGGGGACUUCUGACAGUUAGCUUGGAACGGGAUCUUCUAGAUGCUGAACCCAUGAAGGAAUUGAGCACUAAGCACCCAUUAGUGUGUGCAGCAGUUCAAGAACAGAAGGUUCUUUUAAAGGGCUAUUCGGUAGAUGUAAACACAGAGUCAAAAGUGAUAGAAAGAGCAGCCAAAUAUCACAGAGCAUGGAGUGAAUUGAAGGAGAAAUCUGGAUUAUUACAAUUGAUGUUCCUUUUUUUGUGCAAGUCUGAUCCUUUGGCAUAUCUGAUGGUACCAUAUUACCCAGGAGCAAGUCUAGGAGCAUUGCAAACUAAUACACCUUUAACUUCAGAAGAAAUUUUGAAAGUAAUGAAAGGAGUAGCAGGUGGUCUGCAUACGCUACACAAAGCUAAUAUAGUUCAUGGGUCUCUGCAUACAAAUAAUGUGUUUGCUUUGAAUCGAGAACGAGGAAUUGUUGGAGAUUUUGACUUCACCAAAUCAGUGGAGCAACGUACCUCUGCAAACACUAUGACAGUGGGUAGCUUGAACUUAAUUUCCCCUGAAUUAAGAAUGGGACAUCUGGCAUCUUCAUCCUCUGACAUGUAUGCCUAUGGCUGCCUUCUAUUCUGGCUGUUCAUUGGAAACCAAGAAUUUAAAAUUAAAGAAGAUGGGACCCCAGAAGUGGAUGAAUUUGAUAUGGACCACAAGGUUAAAUCUCUACUCUUGAAUUUGACCUGCAGUAAUAGAAUGACUGCUGAGCAGGUGCUGAAUCAUGACUGUUUCUUGUUGCCUGAUGUGAUCUCCGCUCCACCACACAGUGAAUCUGGUGAAGAAGUUGAAUGUGAAAAGAAAGAGGAAAAAGGCGAGGACAUCAUCAAUUCCGACAGUAUAGAUGACAAUGAGGAAAUAGGCCCUUCUCAGUAGGCCUGAGGACUUGCCAGUUAUUUUUUGCUGCAUUUAUUUUUAUUUUGAGUUCUUAAAUAAAUAAAAAUAAAAACAUAAAGGGGAUCUGAAAGUAGUUGUCCUAUUCUCAAAUAUUCAAAAUAUAAAAGGAUUUGAUAAUCUCAAUCAUUUUUGUGUAAUUACAAGUGUGGCCCCUUCAUUGGGAUUUCUUCCAAAAAUAUAUUUCUAAACUGUUUGAAGUUAAGAGCAUGAUGAUUCUAAUUGAGGCAAUAGCAAGGAGAAAUGCUCCCAGGUUUGGCAGUGCUUUGGCUUUUUCACUUUGACCAUUCUGAAGACUUUUUGAGGAGACGUUAAUUAAUGAUGGUAGAGCUAUUAGCUAGAUACCAGGAGAUUACAUGCCUGUUCAUGCCUGCUAUCCUCUCCCUCUUUCCUCUUCUCUUUCUCUGCUCCCUUCCAAAUUGUUCCUGUUAAAAUAGAUGGCUGCUACUGUUAAUGAGUGGCUAGUGAUGUUUUUUGUCACAUAGCUAGGCAGAUGUUCCAACAACAGCCUCUGUGACAGAAACCACCUGUGGUGCCUUGGAAAUUGGUCAGCGGGGUGCACUAAAUGGAGAGAGCUAUCAAGCCUAUUUUCCCUAUCCAGAAAUCAAGCCAAAUAUGUUUGAGCCCUUCUGAUUGAGUUGGCAAAGGGCCAAAUAUAUUGUCUAUUUCAUACCAAAGCACCUGGCUGGCCAAAUAAAAUACCAGGUCUUGUUAUCUCAAGAGAAUCCUACAUAUCUGUUUAUAAAAGUGUUUGUGUGGGGGGAAGAGGGAGGGAGGUGUUUAAGCAGGAAACCAUAUUGUGUCUUCCAAGUUUUAAUCCUGAUAAAAAUAAAUACAAUUUCUGAAUGUUUGUUGAAACACAUUUUGAAAACUGCAGAUUUUCACUAUAGGUGGGGGAGGUGUUGGAAUAAACAAAAAAAUAAAACCUCAAAAUAUUAUGCAAAAAUUGGAACAAAUCUGUAUAUAAUUUCUGGGACACAAGAAAUCGGUCCUGAAUUGAAUGUUUAUUGAAGCCACUGCUAGGCCACUCAUUCAGUAGUGUAUUUGGAAACCUAAAUGGGAAAGAGGAAGUAGCAGUGGAAAAGAUCAGAGGUAGAAUUCCUGUAAAAAUAUAUCUGGCCACCGGGUGUUGCUCUUGCCUGGUAAUAUUGCUCAUGGACAGCCUUUUAGCCAGAGAUUAUUGUGUGUUGUAGAUUUUUUAACAGAAUUACUGUAGUAGGUCAUUACCAUUUGAAGAUUGUUCAGUGUUGUAGUUUUUGUUUUGGGGAAGACUGAAGUUUUCAUGUCCAGCGAUACUUAACGUGCAAUCUUGGAAUUGCUUCUGUAACAUUAAAGAAUGUUUUGGCAGAGGUGAUAUUUCAUCUUUAAUUGAUAUUUGUUUUUCUGACUGUUUUAUUGCAGAUUAAGAUGUUCAGUCUUAUUUUUCCUAUUAGAGGGCGCUUAUCAGAUAUUUGUAACUACCGUAAAAUAAAAAUUGGCGAUAGCAAAAUCUU